AUGGACAGGCAAUUAUCAGCAGCCAUGGCCCUUGUUCCAUAUCAGCGAGUCUACAUCGAUACCAGAAAAAGAAUACCACAUAUAUUCAGUCUUCCUGUUGAACUGAUGGCCAUCAUUUUCUCACUCAUCGCAGCUCCCUACCUCGACGAUUGCGGAAACAUGGGGAACUCGAACUCUUACAGCCUAGACAGAUAUGCCUUACAAUUGAGGACUCACCCUAUCCUUGUCGGAGUCCGCCACGUGUGCAGCUACUGGUUUAACUUGACAUCGUCGAUGCCCUCACUUUGGAACAUUGUCUUGGCCACACCGAUUCUUAGUAGGCCUGGCGAGCGUAACUACAUCAAGCUACACAGAUUCGUCUCAAUGACUGCCCUAUACAUGCGCUUGGGCGCCCCUGCCGCCCUCACGGUAUAUUUGAGACCUGUAAAUGGUAUGCACAUCAUGAGAGACGACGAUGAAAACGACGACAAAUGGACAAUCUCUACUCAGCACAGAUUCUACCGAAUACACCAAGAACUGUAUCUCGAGCUGUGCACAAGUCAUUCUACCCAAAUCAAGUCUUUGACAAUCUCCUUCACGCGACACAUGUUUUGGUUCUUUCUAGAUAAGCUCGCACAUUUGGACGUGGUAUUUAGCCGAUUGGAAAUGCUUGACAUCGAGAUCCCUGGUGGCGAACGCAGCGGCGACGAUACCGAAAGUAUCCCGGAGCUUCAAUUCUCUCGUUUCUUUCCUGCUCUGCGAAAUCUUAAGGUCAUUAACAGGAGGACCCCAAUGGACGUGUGCAGUCUGGUUCAACUCUCUGAACUCCACACACUCCAUCUCGAACAGCGUGGCAUCGUUAAUCAAACAGUCGAAGUACUUCGGGGACUGACCAGCGCAAAAAAUGUUACUCUUGUCGAGCGCGAUUUUUCUCUGAAAAAGCAGAAUUCUUCAUCGGAUUGCUCCCGCGUGAAGCUCCCGUGCUUGGAAAAACUUGUGCUCAAGUGUUACCCAGAUCCGAGUGUCAUACUAACUGGCAUCACGACUCCCCAUCUCCAAAUUCUUAAUGUCCAUUCUACUGGAACCCUGAGGCAACUCUACAUAGCUAUCAGAGAGCUGAUACAAGUCUCUGAAUGCUCUCUCGCGGCUCUGGCCGUUACCCAUGGAAAACCCGACUGCUUUGGCCUGGCCUCCGUCCUGGAAGAUUUUAUACUAAGCCGUAUCCAAACCUGCAGGAUAAAGUACGAAGCAACAUGGACUUUAACUGAAGAAGAGCGCACGGACCUAGAGAAUGCGAAGAGCUACCUUUCGACGCAUCUUGAUUCGAUGCGGCGCACUAUAUCUCCAUCAUUUGUGUUUGAAUCCACUGGAAGGUUCAACCUUUCCUAUAUGACUAUGUGGGACGGAUGUAGUGGUAUCGAGAAAGGAGUGUUGGAUGAUACAUAA